AGCCCCGCCGGGCGCGCAGAGCCGCAGCCCGCGUCCCGGAGCCCCCCGGCCGGCCUGGCCCCGGCCCGGCCCCCAGCUCGCGCUCGCGUCCCCUGGGGCGACUGGGCGGCGAGGGACGGAGCGCCAGGCGGCGGGCGGCCGCGGGGCAUGAGGCGGGGGCGCGAUGUCGGUACCGCUGCUGAAGAUCGGGGCCGUGCUCAGCACCAUGGCCAUGGUCACUAACUGGAUGUCGCAGACGCUGCCCUCGCUCGUGGGGCUCAACGGCACCGUGUCCCGUGCGGGCGCCUCCGAGAAAAUCACCCUCUUCCAAAGCCCAGAGGAAGGCUGGCAGCUGUACACCUCAGCCCAGGCCCCCGAUGGAAAAUGCAUCUGCACGGCUGUGAUCCCUGCGCAAAGCACCUGCUCCCGAGACGGCCGGAGCCGGGAGCUGCGGCAGCUGAUGGAGAAGGUUCAGAACGUCUCCCAGUCCAUGGAGGUUCUUGAGUUGCGGACGUACCGGGACCUCCAGUAUGUGCGCAGCAUGGAGACCCUCAUGCGGAGCCUGGAUGCGCGGCUCCGGGCAGCCGACGGGUCCCUCUCGGCCAAGAGCUUCCAGGAGCUGAAGGACAGGAUGACAGAACUGUUGCCUCUGAGCUCGGUCCUGGAGCAGUACAAGGCGGACACACGGACCAUCGUGCGCCUGCGAGAGGAGGUGAGGAAUCUCUCCGGCAGCCUUGCCACCAUCCAGGAAGAGAUGGGCGCCUACGGCUACGAGGACCUGCAGCAGCGGGUGAUGGCCCUGGAGGCCCGGCUCCAUGCCUGCGCCCAAAAGCUGGGCUGUGGGAAGCUGACGGGGGUCAGUAACCCCAUCACCAUUCGGGCCAUGGGGUCCCGCUUUGGCUCCUGGAUGACGGACACGAUGGCCCCCAGCGCGGACAGCCGGGUCUGGUACAUGGAUGGCUAUUACAAGGGCCGGCGUGUCCUGGAGUUCCGCACUCUGGGAGACUUCAUCAAGGGUCAGAACUUUAUCCAGCACCUGCUGCCCCAGCCGUGGGCCGGCACCGGCCAUGUGGUGUACAACGGCUCCCUGUUCUACAACAAGUACCAGAGCAACGUGGUGGUCAAGUACCACUUCCGCUCUCGUUCUGUGCUGGUGCAGCGGAGCCUCCCCGGGGCCGGCUACAACAACACCUUCCCCUACUCCUGGGGUGGCUUCUCGGACAUGGACUUCAUGGUGGACGAGAGCGGGCUCUGGGCUGUGUACACCACCAACCAGAAUGCGGGCAACAUCGUGGUCAGCCGGCUGGACCCACACACCCUGGAGGUCGUGCGCUCGUGGGACACCGGCUACCCCAAGCGCAGUGCCGGCGAGGCCUUCAUGAUCUGCGGCGUGCUCUAUGUGACCAACUCCCACCUGGCCGGGGCCAAGGUCUACUUCGCCUACUUCACCAACACGUCCAGCUAUGAGUACACGGACGUGCCCUUCCACAACCAGUAUUCCCACAUCUCCAUGCUGGAUUACAACCCCCGGGAGCGGGCCCUCUACACCUGGAACAACGGCCACCAGGUGCUCUACAACGUCACCCUCUUCCAUGUCAUCAGCACCGCCGGGGACCCCUAGGGGCUGCCGUCGCCCGCGCUGCCACACGAGGGCCACGGGGGCCCUUUCCACUCCGCUGUGUCCCUCCGAAUUUAUCUGUCUCUGUCCUGCCCUCUCUUUCCCUCCCUCUCUUCCUCCCGGUACUGUUUUUUCUCUCUCCACCUUUGCGCCCAGCUUUCAUUCUCUGCCUCUGUAUUUCUGUUGGUGCGUUUUCUCUGUAUUGUCUCUUCUUUAUGAUCUGAUUUUGAUACAUCUUUUUUUUUUCUGAUGCCUCUGUCUCUUUCAUUUGAUCUGACUCUCCAGGUCUCUUUCUCUCUCUCUGCUUAUCUGUCUCUCUCUCUCUUCCCUCCCUCCCUUCCCUUUUUGCAUCCCACCCAGACCCUCUUCUCCUCUCCCCACAUCCCUUCGUCCCAACCCAAGGAGUUGAGUGCAUGGAUCUGUUUCUUUUUUUCUUUUUUUAAUUUACACUUUUUCUUUCCGGGUUGCCGGAAUAAACGGGAUCUUUGACAUUU